UUCCGGUUUCUCUCCGUGGAGCAGGUCACUCCCUCCGUACUGUCAGCAGCUCUGCGCGGCGCAAACUUGCAGUCACACUGAACUAACUUGACAACUCCUCUCGUCUUCUUGCAGGAUUUUUGUUUUAAAGUCGGUGGUGCGGCCGCUCUUCACCGGGUGGAACUACCGUGUUGUGUUUUAGUUGUAGAGCAGCGGGGGGAAAUGUCCAGCUGAGGAUUGGAAAUCCUGAAAAUCGCAGGGCCUGUGUUUUGUAAUGAUUGAUCAAUGCUUCGAUAAUGGCGCAAAAGGUACAAGUUUUAUAUGACUUCGCUGCUGAGGCUGGAAACAACGAGUUGACAGUGAAAGAAGGAGAGACGCUUACUGUCACCAAUCAGAGUGUUGGAGGCGGCUGGAUUGAAGCACAGAACUCCAGAGGGGAGGUUGGACUGGUGCCAGAAGACUACAUCGAGUUCAGUAAGCAGUUGCCAUCGUUCCCCGGAGCUGCAGCCCCUACUCCAAGUGUAGGACAUGUUGCAACUCCAGACCUGUCCAUCUUUGAUUCCUUCGCUCCCGCAGCAGCACCAGCAGCACCUGCACAAUACCAGGUGGAUGCUGGGGGCUUAAGUCCCCAGCCGGACACCCCCGACACCCCAGUUUCCCCCUACCUUUCGUCCCCCGAUGAGGCUAGUAACGGUAAUGAUCCCUGGUCGGUGUGGAACACGGACCCCUCGGGGGGCUCCAACAAUAACUGGCCGUCCAAUCCGGAGGGCACCCAGACCGGGAAGAGUCCCGCUGACCCCUGGAGCUCCGGAUCACAGGGCCACCCUCAGGCCUACCAGGGCCCAGGAGCGGAGGAUGAUGAGUGGGACGAUGAGUGGGACGACGUGAAGUCCACUGGAGGUUACGCCGAGUCAGAAUCUGGAGAGAGCGGCGCGAUGCAGAGGGGAGGAGCUUCAAUGAAAAUCUCCCUCAACAACAGGUUUCCUGGGUUCUCUAAGCCCGGUCCAGAGCUCUACCUCUUAUGCAAGCAGCUCGCUAAGGGCAAAGAGAAGCUACCAAUCUAUUCAGGAGAAGUUGGUCCGGUGUGGUCUUACCCAGAAACUCAGCUUGACUGUGUGGUGGCUGAUCCCAAGAAAGGCUCAAAGAUGUACGGCCUCAAGAGCUACAUCGAGUACCAAAUCACACCCAACACCACAAACCGACCAGUCAAUCACAGAUACAAGCACUUUGAUUGGCUGUACGAGAGGCUUCUAGACAAAUUUGGGUCAGCCAUCCCCAUCCCGUCUUUACCAGACAAGCAGGUGACGGGGCGAUUUGAGGAAGAGUUUAUUAAGAUGCGUAUGGAGCGGUUGCAGGGCUGGAUGACCAGGAUGUGCAGGCACCCCGUUGUUUCCUGCAGUGACGUAUUCCAGAUUUUCCUCACCUACAAGGAUGAGAAGGACUGGAAGACGGGGAAGAGAAAAGCAGAGAAGGACGAGACGGUGGGAGUGAUGAUCUUCUCCACGAUAGAGGCUGAAGCUGCGGAGCUGGAUCCUGUGGAAGUGGAGCAGAAAUGUGAGCAGUUCAGCAGGUUCACCAAAGCCAUGGAUGACGGGGUGAAGGAAAUCCUCACAGUGGGCAACGAGCACUGGAAGAGAUGUACAGGCCCGUUGCCAAAAGAGUACCAGAGAAUCGGCAAAGCCUUCCAAAACCUCUCCUCUGUCUUCAACAGCAGUGGAUAUCAAGGCGAGUCAACCCUGACUGAUGCCAUGACGGCAGCAGGCAAGACCUAUGAGGAAAUAGCUCAGAUGGUGGCAGAGCAGCCCAAGAAGGACCUCCACUUCGUCAUGGAGACCAACAAUGAAUAUAAGGGUCUUCUCGGAUGCUUCCCUGACACCAUCGGAGUCCAUAAGGCAGCCAUAGAGAAGGUGAAGGAGGGAGACAAGCUUGUGGCUGCCAGUAAAAUUACCGCUCAGGACAAAGUCACGAUGGCUAAACGAGUCAGCACAAUGUCGUACGCAUUACAAGCUGAGAUGAACCACUUCCACAGCAACCGUAUCUAUGACUACAACAGGGUCAUGCAGUUGUACUUGGAAGAGCAAGUCAAGUUUUACGAGACGAUUGCUGCAAAGCUGAGACAAGCACACGGUCAGUUCACGACUAUGUGAAAGCAACAACCUUCAGGCUCGCACUGCAAGAAAAGAAGAUUGAAACCAGCUCAACAUCCAAAAUAUUGUUCCUUGCACUGCGUUCCUUUCCCUCCCUUUAAUUUAAUUUUCACUUCUCUCUCUUUCUUUCGCUCUCACCUCAUCUCUUCCUUUACUGUUUAUGCUAACAGUCUCAGCAUGUGCAGCGGCUGAAAAGGCUUUGACACUUUUUUUCGUUCAGCCAGCAAUGAUAGCCGACCACGACACGCGUGUCACACACACACCCUUUACUCCGUUCAAGGCCUGUGAGACAGGAAGUUGACACCGUUAAUUGCACAAUGCAUUGAGAUUCUCUAAUGUGAUGCAAGUUUCGUACAGCUAUAGGCGCCAACACGCCUGUGCUCACAUGAUAUCUACGUAUUUUAAAGCAAUACUCUGCAGUUUUUCCAUUUUUCCAUGUAGAAAAUUGUUACGGAAAGGUUUUACACAUGUUGUCUGCACGGUGAUGUAGUGAUGCACUUACACCAAAAAACAAACAAUGCUGUCCUCUCCUCAGCAGGACAGCAGGGGGGAUUUCUGAAUGCAUAAUAUUGUCUAUUCCUCAGCCAAUAUUUGAAUUAUUAGUGCUGUUAACAUUUGAGAGUCCUAACAUAUUCGGUAAAAGAAGCGGAGUAUUCCUUUUAUGAAUCUGCCGAGUCUUGGAAGAGCUGUCGAAGACGGUGUGUGUCCUCUGUAUGUCCACUGCUGCCAGUCCCCGAGCCCCCUUUUCAUCCUGCACUUCCUCAAAGAGCUAACAGGAAGCUCCACCUCCUUCCAGUCUUUCCCCUUUGAGGAAAAUAGAAAUGGUUGACUUAGUUGCCCCCCCCAGGCUGCGUACCAUUUCACUGCAGUUUACACAUCAGGAGAGAUG